CCUGUGCUGCAGCGCACACGCCCAAGUCCUCCUCCAGCGUGCGCCCAGGGAGCCCAUGGAGCUGGCGCGCGGCGCGUCCAAGGGGGAUGGUGGGGCCGAAGCGCUGCUGGGUGAGCUGGAGGGGCUGGUGCAGGACGUGGUGAGGGCAAGUUCCUGGUGGGAGCUCCACGGCGUGGACUGUGCCAUCCUCGCACUCAGCCUCCUCGCCUUGCCAGCCGGGUUCCUGUGCCUGUCCUCUGAGAAUGUCCUGGUCUUUGCCAUUGGCAUCACCAUCUUGGGCGUGUGCCACUCCACGCUCACUGUCAAGGGCAGCCACCUGGCCACUCAUGGUGCCCUCACCAAGUCCAAACGCUGGAGCAAGAUCUGGUUGCUCUUCUUUGUAGAGGUGUGCACGGCCUUCACUGCGGAGUUCGGGAAGUUCAGCCACGUCAACAUGCACCAUGGCUACACCAACGUGGUGGGUCUGGGGGACUCCAGCACGUGGAAGCUGCCUUGCCUCAACCGCUACGUCUACAUGUUCCUCGCGCCCUUCCUCAUCCCCAUCAUCACCCCGCUGGUGGCUCUUGAGCGGCUGCGGAAGGUGGAGCUGCUGAUAGCUCUGCGGACGCUGGGCCUGAUUUCCCUGGGCCUUUACUCUCAGUACUGGCUGCUCCUGAACGUGUCCGGCUUCAGGAGCCCCAGCUCGGCCCUGGUCUGCAUGCUGCUCAUCAGGGCCUUGCUGGCCCAUCCCUUCCUCCACGUCAACAUCUUCCAGCACAUAGGGCUGCCCAUGUUCUCCCGGGACAAGAAGCCCCAACGGAUCCACAUGAUGACCCUGGGGGUUCUCAACCUGCGGCUGCCGGUGUUGGACUGGGCUUUUGGCCACUCGCUCAUCAGUUGCCACGUAGAACACCACCUGUUCCCCAAGCUCUCUGACAAUAUGUGUCUGAAGGUAAAGCCUGUGGUGUCCCGGUUCCUCCACGAGAAGCAGCUGCCAUACCAGGAGGACUCGUACUUGGCCCGAUUCCGGCUGUUCCUCAACCGCUACGAGGAGCUCAUGGUGCAGGCCCCGCUGAUCACUGAGGUGGUGGGGCUGCAGUGAGGGCUGGGCUCCCCUCCCCGGCCCAGCCCUGGUGCUCCUGCUGCUGCUGGUUCUCAGUUGGUGUGCAGUGGUGGGUGGUGGGCGUGGAGCAUGGAGGGAACAUAAGGAAACUUGGGUGGGCAGUGAGACAGGGCAGCUGAUGGGUGCCCUGUGUCCUGGGGGUUGCUUGCCCUGUUUGCUUUUUGGGGAUUGGAGGGGUCUCUGGGUGAAAGGAAUCUUGGUAACUGGGCCUCCUGGGCCUGGCUCCAUCUCAGGAUCUUCCCCUGCUCCAUUUGAGCCUGGCAGGGCAGCAAUGCCAAGGGUGAGGUGAAAUCCUGUGCCCAAGGCCAACUGGGAGAGGGAAGGGGCAGAGAGCAAAGGUCAACCCCUUAGCUGGGGCCUCCUUGACACCGAGAGAGUGGCACACUUGCUUGACUGCUGCUUCUUCCUCUGCUUUUCAAGGCUCUGACCCAGGGCCCCCUCCCCAGGGAACAUGGGGCAGGGUCACUUUUGGCAGACUCCCUAGUUUCCCAGCCAGAGAAGCCUGUUCAAGUCACAGUUCCCAAGGCCCACAGUGUCACUGAGAUGAAAGUGAGUAUAUUUUGUAGGGAAAGCUCUCAGGAUAACAGAGGGGAGAAAGUCCCUCAGGGACACAGCUGGGGAAAGAGUAUAAAUAGAUUUGAUCGUGACCUUGGCUAGUUCCAUGAUGUUUAGAAGCACGGGCCUGGGAGAGAGAAUUACUGGGAGGUAGCUGAGUCUGGAGGGGGUUAUGGGAGCCAGUUUGAAGGACAGGUGGCCUUAGAGGAGACAGAAGGAAGAGAGUGGGAUGUUGAGAGCCACAGCCAAAGGGGCCCCAGCAAACUUCCAGCUGCCAGCAAACUUCCAGCUGCUGGCUGAUGAUUGGCUCACAGCGGCCCCAGCAACAUCUAGCUGAUUGGCUCCUCGGCCCCAGCAACAUCUAGCUGAUUGGCUCCUCUGCGGUGAUGCUCAUUGGA